GAUUGGCGAACGAAGCAGAGUGCGCUCUCAAAAUCCUCUUCGCCGACAUGGCCACCAUGAGGUCUCGCACUCUGUACAGCUGCUGCGCAUUGCUGGUGCAUACAUAGCCUGACAACUGCGUUGUUAUAAUGCCGAGGCAAGCCGCCGAUCUCCGGGUUUUGGUUACACAUCGGUCGGCCUCGUAAUGAAGCGCAACAGAGCUCUGAUGAGCCCCCGGUCACCCCUAUCGCUGAAUAACAAUACGCAGGGCCCAUAAAUAGGCUGCAUGCACAAACUGUGUGCAGCUGUUCACCGACAAAUUACCAAUGGUCCUUGCCGUGGGUGCAGACUACCGCUUUGCCGAAAUGGAGAGUGGUAACUUAGUCGUUCCUACCUUACGCUUGACCUCAUAGUGAUUCUUUCGUCAACCGUUGGGUCCAUUGAGCGACAAAAGCCCACUGAGCCCCCUCGUAUACACUCGGAGCAUAGCAGCGAACAGCUAGCCUGGCCUGCUGCUCUCUUCAGGGCCUCGGCCGGCCAGCAGCGUGGUCGCGCGCUCAACGAGCGCUCGCCACCCUCUGCUACACCAUCCGCACUCUCUGACAGGAGCUUUCUGGCUACAUAUACUCAACUGAAAAAUAACAACAGGCUGUGGGACGGUGCCUGGGCACGAUGGACCAGGAGGACAGACUCAAGCGCGCGUCGUCUGUCCAGGGCAGCCGGAAGCUCACGAUGUCAGCGUCUUUGACACGAGCAAUAGAACGUACAAUUGACGGGGAGAGCGAGCUGCCGACGGCGCCUAGCGCGUCGGGCAGUCCGAGCCAAUUGCGUGUCCUCAGCGCAGUCGAGACGCGUCGAGCGAGCCCAGCUGCCGUGCCUGCUGGCGCCCCGGCCGCGGGAGCUGCAGAAGUACCAACACCAGCAGGUUCGAACAGCGCAGCAGCUGAGGAACGGAUACACAACGAGGUAUGUGGUAGCGGCGCGGAGGCGGGCACAGAGCCAGCGGUCGUGUCAGGUCCCGCAGGCAACGCUGCGAAGGGGGGUUGCAGCAGCGGUGAAGCCGCAGCCAGCAACACUGACACACCGCGGCCAGCUGCUGACGUGUUGCAUUCAGCUAUAGCUGCCGCUGGCGAUGCUGCGCCGGGGCCAGCUGGUGGCGAGGCGGCUGCGGUGGCUGACACAGCGGAGCCGGCGGCCACCGCCACAGGCGCCGACGAGGCGGUGGAACCGGGGGCCAUCGUCGCUAGGGAUGUUGCGGCGCCAUCGGGCGGUGCUGCGCCCGCGCCAGCCGCCGCCGCCGCCGCCGCCGCACCAGCCAAAGAAACGCCAGUCACGGGCGAGCGCGGCGACGACGGCGGUGGCCCGGCUGCUACAGCUGCUGCCACAGCCGCAGCGGCCACCCCUGCUGGUGCCACUGGCGCCGCAGCCUCCGCCGCAGCCGCCACGGCCGCCACCGCGGCUACCGACGACGCUGCUGCGCCUGGCGGGAACGGUACGGCGCCCGCGGCAGCCGUGGCUGGCGCGGCGGGCGACAGGCGCACGGGCGGCCGCGGGUACAGGGAGGUGCGGUCGCCCCGGCGCCUGUCGCCUGAAGCCCCCACGCCCACCGUCACGACGCGCUCCCGCACCUCCGCCUCAGGCGCGGCCAGCCAGGCCGGCGCCACAUCUCCAGCCGCCGGCAGCGGCAGCAGCAGCGCCGGCGACGCCGGCGGCGGCGCCACUGGUCGGCAGCGCGUGAGCUCAAGCGGCAGUCGCGAGCAGCUCAUGCGCCGGUCUCGCUCCGGACAAAAGCUGGCGGCAACUGUUGUUGCUGCUGCUGGCGCCGCUGCCGGCGCAACAACUGGCGCUGCUGCGGCGCCGGCGGCUGCCGUAGCGUCUGGCGCCAAGAACGGCUCCGACGGCGAUCCCUGGAUUGGGCCCGCCGCUGCCGCUGGCGGAAUGGCAGCAGCGCCUCUGACGGCUGCAGCGGCGGCGGCUGAGCCGCCGGCGGAGCUGGAGGGCAAGGCUGCAGCAGGGCAAGACACGGCCAAGGGCGCGGACAGGGAGCAGGUGAUGAUGGAGGUGCAGGCGGAAGCAGCGUGUGCAGAGGCGCCCGCGGCGGGGCCGCGGCCUUCCGAGCCGCCGCCGGGGUCGCCGCUAGGGCCUCCGCCGCCGCAGCCACCGAAGAAGCGGCUGCACCGGACCGAGUCGCUGCCUGCGGAGGGGCCUGCAAAGCCGCCGGUGGUGGCCGGCGGUGGCGCCGCUAGCGGCACUGCUGCUGUUGCUGCUGCGGCUCCAGCAGCGAUGGCAGGCGUUGUUUGCGGUGACGGCGCCAGCGGCGCGGCUGCCAGCGACGAAGCCGCUGCUGUGGAGGCUAGUGACGCCAAGCUGGCUCCCCUCCCGAACACCGUGCCCGCACUCGUCGGCACCAAGGCUCCGACCGCACCCGAGACCUCCGCAAGCGGUCGCAUGCCGCCGCAGCCGCAGCCGCCGCAGCCGCAGCGCCAGCCGCAGCCGUUCCAGCCGGCCUCCACGCUCAUGCCGCCGCCAGCCGCCCCGCCGGGCCCGCAGCGGCCGCCGCAACAGUCGCACCCCUACCACCCAGCCGCUGCGCCUAAGCUGCCGGCGACCCGGCGGCGGUCCUCCGACACAGGCGGCAGCGCCGGCGGCCCCACACGUGACCUUGUCGCGCUGGCUGACGCAUCCGCCGCCGCCGGCCUGCCUGCCGAUGACACUGGUGCGCACGUGGCAGACGCGGCCUUGCCGCUGCGGCGGCGGCCGCCGCCGCAAACGCACUCGCAGGACAGGGCGCGGAGCCUGCUGCAGGUGUUGCCGCCGGUCGGCGGCCCCGCGUUGCCUCCGCAGCUCGAGGCAAUGGCGGCGGAGGACGUGGCGGCGGCGGAAGCAGUGGUACGCAUGACGGCGGCGGCGGUGGCGGCGGCGCCCGGCCGUGCUGGGUACGGCGCGGGCGCGGCGGCGGCGGCGGCGGCGGCGGCUGGUGAGGACGGAGAUGUGGCAUUGCUGGACCUGGAGCGCUCGGAGCGUGUGUCCAACCUGCUGGCCCAUGGCCGAGACAUUGUGCGUCGCAUGUCGCACGUGCAGCGGACCCAGACCAAGCUCGCCGAGCUGGAGUGUAUCCUCUCCGACCAGAUGGACGUUAUCCGCACCGAACUGCGCCGGGAGCUGGCCGCCGCGCGCGCCGCCACCGCCGCCGCCGUCCUGUCAGGCCGCCCCCUGCCGCAGUCGCUCGAGGUCUUCGCCGCCGCCGCAAUGACGUCAACGACGCCGUCGGGGCAGGAUACGGCGGCGCCGCCGCCGCCGCCGCCGGCGCCGGCGUUUGGGCGGCACCCGCGGCACAGUGCGAGCGGCGGAGCGGCCACGGCGUCAUUGGACAUGUCGGGUGGGGGCGACCUUCGCGGGAUGGCGUUGGGACGGGAUGACGGUGCGGCGAUGGCGAUGGUGGUGGCGCCGCCGCCGCAGCCGCCGGGCACUAUGCUGCUGCCGGGUCUGCCUGCUCGCGCGGUGUCGGGUGCUGGCGGCGGCGGCGGCGGCGGCGCGAUGCGGCGUCCGGAGCCAGCAACGCUGCGCGGGCAGUUGGCACGACAGCAGGCGGGUCAACCGCUGCCGUUGAGCCAACCGCUGCCGCACCAGCAGCUGCCGCUGCUGCAGCGCACGGGGUCCCUCGAGGCCUCGCAGCAGCAGUCGCAACAGCACCCGUCACGCCUGCAGCUGCCGCCGCCGCAGCAGCAGCUGUGGCGGCAGUAUUCCGACGGCGCUGCCGCGCACUCGCACUCGCAGGGCCAUCCGCACUCGGACGGCGCGGCGCCGUCACACCAGCAACAGCAACAGCCGCAGCCGCAGCCGCAGCCGCACGUGCCGCCCAUCUUCGCUCAGCGCCAACGGCGGCUGUCUGCCGCUGGCUCCGACGCCUCCGAGCCAAGCGCGACGCCUCCACCGAUGCCCUUGCAGCAGCAGCAGCAGCAGCGCUCUGGCGGUAGGGCGCCGCAGCCGGCAUUGAUGCCGCCGACGGUUGCGCUCUCGCGCACCGCAUCGGGCACGGUGGUUGCGGGUAGCCUGGCUGCCGGCACGCCGCCUCUCAGCUCCGACGGCCACCCGUCCUCACAGCACGCGCCGCAGCACGUACGGCACCCGCACCCACCCCACCACGCCGCCGCUGAAGAGGCUCAAUACUAUGCGGCUGCAGCGAUAGCGACGGCGGCCCCAGCAGGCGCUGCUGCGCGCCGCAUCUCACAUGAUGGCUACUACACUGCGCCGCCGGCGUCCCCCCAACACCAGCACCAGCACCAGCACUACCCAGUGUCGGCCCAGGCCCAGCCUCAGCAACUGCGCCCGCACCCGCAGCAUCAGCAGCAGCAGUACCGGCUGUUGCCGGCGCGGCAGUCGCCGCCACUGCCGCCGUUGCAGCGCUACGGCUCGGGGGAGCCACAGGUGGGUGGCGGCGGCGGCAGCGGUCGAGGUGGGCCGGCGGUGGCAUCAACAACAGCUUCGGCUCCAGCGGCGGCGCGUGGUCACAGCGCCGGUGCCCCGCCGCUGCCACUGGGCGCGAUGGGCCUGCGCCGAACUGCGAGCUUGGAGGUGGCCGCUGUGUCUGACCCGAGGCUCGCAGGCGGCGGCGGCGGCGGCGGCCAGCAGCAGCCGCGGCCCACUGCCACCGGCACCACGACCACCACCAGCAGCUGUCACAGCGGCAGGAGCACCGAGGCGGGCCCCAGCGUUGGGGAAGCCGCGCCCUCCCACGCCCACCACCAGUACGCGCACGGCCACCACCACAGCCCACGUCUCGACAACCAGCCGCUGCCGCAGCAACAGCAGCAGCAGCAGCAACAGCAGCAGCAGCAGCAGCAGCAGCAGCAGCAGCAGCAGCUUCUGCCUGCAUCCAGGCGCCCUGAGGCGCAAGGGCAGCCGAGCCGCCAGCCCCUCGGCCCCGCAGACGCCGCGGCCGGUGCGGAUAUGCCAAGGCGCCAGCUGCCCGGCAGCUACGGCGCUUGCGGCGGCGGGCUAGGGUACGGCAACAACAGCGGUCAUGCGGGUGUCAAUGUACAGUACGACCGGUCGGCUGGCGGCAUCGACCUCAAUGGCAGGUAUUGGCUACCGCCCCAUCAGCAGCAGCAGCUGCAGCUGCAGGCACAACAGCUCCCUGCUCCGCGGGUGGUGCGGACCGGCGGCUACGGGUUCCAGCGGCCACAGCCGCCGCGGCCGCAUGUACUGCUACAGCCGCAUCCCGAGUAUGCCGUAUUGCCUGUACGGCCCGUACUGCGGCAGUUGCAGCCUCAGCGCCACGAGUACGGCGAUCGUGGCGGCAACCUGUACGAAGAGCAGCAGCUGCAGCUGCAGCAGCCGCAGCAGCGCUCAGGGCCCCUGGGUGCGAUUGACCUGUAUGAGCGAAUGCGCCGCGUCAGCAACAGCGUUACUGACGUAACGCCGACAUCGUAUGACGGCACGAGUGGCAGCGGCAGCCGUUACACGGCCGUACAGCGGGAGUCCCACUCGUUGUAUGCGCCGAGGGAGGUUCAGUCCUUGGACGCCCGCCCCGGAGACGGCCAGGACGGCGGCAUUGGCGGCGGCGCUGCGCUUUUUGGCCCACCAAUGCCUCAGUCGCAGCGGCAGCAACUGCAGCUGCAGCAGCAGCAGCAGGCUCGAGGAUGGCAGCAGCAGCAGCAGCGUCUGCUGCAGCCGCAGGCACGGCAGUGCCAGCGGCAGUUGCAGCAGAGGAACGAUGCCGCUGCGUGGGUGGACGGGCAUGACGGGGAGGCGCGCGGUCGCAUGACGGAGCCAGCGGCUGCCAAACGCGCCCGUCACGCCGGGGGCCCUGCAGCCGCCGCAGGCGUGGGGCGCAGCGGCGGCGGCGGCGGCGGCGGCAGCCAAUACACCCAUUCCGACAGCGGCACCGGCGACCUCUACGGCGCCUUGCAACUGGCAAAGCAGGUGGAAGCAAUCGAGGCGGCCAGAAGCGGCGGCGGUGUAGGCGGCGGCAUUGCUGGUAGCGGUGGCACUGACGCGCGCAAGACUGCUGCGGCCGACGCCGCGGCGACGCUGCUAGGCAAACGGCGCUGGACGGAGCCUGAGGGCUUGGGCCCUGCUGACGGCGCCGCGGCCGCGGCAGCCGCCGCAGCGGCGGGUGCCGGGCGCACUCAGUCUACGGACACCGCCGCGGUCGCCGCCGCCGCCGCCGCCCGGCUGCUCGACAUUCCGCCGGAGCUGGCCGCCGCGGCCGCCGAGCUGCUGCUGGGGCCGCUGCGUGCACGCCAGAUCUCAGCCACCGGCUCCACUGGCUUCGGCAGCGACGGCGCAGCCCGCGGCGGCGGCGGCGGCGGCGGCGGCGGCGAGCCGGACCAUGAGCUUGAGGAAGGCAAUACCGCGCUCCUGCGCGACGCUGCCGCUGGCUCCUUCGUAGGCCGGCGGGCCUUGGGUGAAGGGCCUCCACAGCGCGCAGGCCCGGGGCAGGGGCAGGGGCCGGGGCAGGGCAGGACGGUGGCGCAGCUGCUGGCGGCGGCGGCGGCCGCCGUUGCCGCCGCGGGUGCUGUGCCAGACGAGCGCGAGGUGCGCGGCCGCGGCCACUCGCUGCCCUCGCCACAGCAGCUGCAGCAGCGGGACCAGCUGCUACAGCUGCAGCAACGGCAGGACGGCGCGCAUGGCUUUGGCGGGGACGGGGCCAAUGACAACCAGCCCGCCGCACGCCAGCCGCGCUAGCUGCUCACAGCUUCGUGCCCACAAACCGUUUGCUGUCAUGGCAAGAAUGAUACACGACUGUUAUUGUGUGUCAUCGCAACAGAUUGUACAGGCAUUGUGAUAGCGGUAUGUGAUGCGGCGGUACAGGCACUGUGAAAUGACACCGGUUGAAUGGAAGCGGCAGUAAAAUGCUGCCAGGGCCUGGCUAAACGGUUUGCGUCGUGUAAAUAGCAUUGUACAGGGUUGGGAAGGGGUUACAGGCGAUGAAGCGGCCCGGCAUGUGACAGCACGACAUGCGGCUUGCAGAACAAGAGUUUAUUGUCUAGGACAUAUGGGGCACGGCUCAAAGAGCCAGGUUGUUGUGCCGCCGGGUUAUGCCCCGCAGACUGUGCCAAUUAGUUAGGUAUUGCGCUCUAGCGAGCAAAACAUACUUUGUGCUAUUCCAGUAGCCGCAACCUGCAACGGUUUGUUGGUUUGCUGGACGAACCUAGACGUGCUUAAAAAGUUACAAAGUUUACGCACAUAGCUCAGUGCAAACCACUGGCCAAAGAACAAAGUGCAUGCGCCAGGUUUGCGGCUAGCAAAGCGGCCGCGGCCUGUGUGUCAAACACGCGUGUCUGGUUGUGGCUGCUGGCAGCCUGGGGUUUCAUUGGCCACGGCACGUUUAGUGUGUGUUGCAUGAGGCCACUGCCACCCUGACAGACACGACUGCUGCAUACCGCAUACGUGCGUGGCGGCUGCGCGCACGCGCGCACGCCAGCUGCGCCGACUUACUGUGUCAAAGAGCACAAGGACUGUGUUGCAUCUGAAGCAUCUAAUGUUUUCUGCGAUGUGUGAGGUAGAUGCAAAGCAGGCGAAUGGUUGGGGCCUCGUGUUACUUGAAGUGACGGGCCUGCGCCUCGACGUGUUGCAUGCAUGGCUGCACAGCACGGCUCUUCUCUGACAGGCAGGCAGGCUUUGUUUUAGAGCAUUGCUGACACUGAUGGAAUACAGGUGUGGGUGCGGCGCCGUGGCACAUGCUUGAGAGCCUUGUGACUGACUCCGCGUUUACGCGAACGGAUGCGAUGUCGGCGGCACCGGCUGUGUGUCAGGCGGCUGAAGGGAGCGGUAGCUAUCGAGCCCACGACGGGAAGGCAGCAGCGGAUUGGGCUUGUUAGCAUUCACAGCAGGAACUGAGGAAAUUGGUUCGGCAUUAUGGCGUCCGCUCCGGCAGAGCUGUGCACAGGCUUGGACAGACACGUACGUGCACACACUCAGGGUGGAUGUGGGUAUGGACGAAGGUGUCGAGGAUGUGUAUGCGAUGAAGGCUGCAAGGGCAGCAAACCAACAGUCAAUGCUGCUCCGCGUGAUCCAAGGUGUUGACGUACGGAUGAGUUUGCCGUGUGUGCCACGGGCUCUGGCGUCCGCGGCGUGGGCAGGCAAGGCGGGUCAGCGGGGCAUUCGUGCCCACGAGCGCAGCGGUGGUCACGGCCGUCGGCUUCCGCCGUGGCCCCGCCUUGCGCGAGAGGCUUGGGCAACCUAAUAACGAUCUAGACCCAUGAAAAUCUAGGCCCAGUCCACUGGGCGCGGAGGAUGUGAUCGUCUUGGAGGUGCUGUCGGUGGUAGUGGCGCUCUGGAGGCAAGAGGCGAGCGGGCAGGCGGAGGGUCGUGUCUGUGGCGCGCGGCUGUCGGUGUGGGCAGCGGAACGUAAUGGCGCUGGAGUCACGCGUGCGUGUUGGGUACGUUGGUGUGCGUGGUAUUGACUCGGUGCAGAGGCAGUACCUGCUGCGUCAAUGGGAAUGGGCUAUGCGGCAUAAGCACGAGAUCUAUGCAAAGCAGCAGAGUUACACGUGACAUGAAUGGCUCGCAUGGAUUCGGAUGGGUGUUGGAGAGUACUGGAGCAGGCUUGGGUGGUAGAAGCGGCAUGUGUGGCAGAAUAAGGUGGAGUAGGCAGCAUCGUGAGGCAAGCACGGUGUGUUAGAUAUCAUAAUAAUGUGUCUGGAUGUGAUGUGGGAGUCGGCUAGGCAGGAAGUGGGGAGUGGAACAUGGCGGGGGGGGGAGGAUUGAAGUGGGCUGGAAGGCACGCACGGAAACCUUCUUUAUUUGGUUUGGGCUUUCUGUUGCUCCUGACUAUUGCUGCUUGCGAGCAGCCCAAUAAAGUCAACCCUACAGCCGAAUGCACACAUCAAGUUCAGUCCGCGUGCGGGGGAUGCAGGCCGCAACGUGCAUGUGUGUGUGUGUGUGUGUGUGUAUGUGUGGCGGCGGCGUGUGCGGCGUGUGCACAGGCCUCAAAUUGGCAGCGAGUGUGUGCGUGGUUAAAAACGGUCCGUAAGUACUAGAUUUCUGUGCGCCAGGGCUGGUUACGCCCCAACAAGUCCGGCAGCAGCGGCUGUCAUAGGUGUGUUGUGGUGUUCACAGUGCUUACGGUGUUGUUGGGGGGCGACGUGUUGACGGCGACAUGUGAGUGGUGGGAAGGCGCGGAUGGGAUGCAAGGAGGCAAGAGAUGCCGCGUGCCGGUGUGGGUCUCGCGUGUGGGUCUACAGGCCGAUUGCUAUUGUGGCACAAAAAGACCAAUCGCCCGACCAUCCACCCAUUCAACGGACUGCCGUUGGUGGCAGUGCUGUGUGGGGCCGUGCGCGCGCAUGGGUGUGGAUGUGUGGGUGUGGGUGUGUUCCUCUGCACUUUAAUGAGCUUACUACAGUACUAGCCAUGGGUGUUCGUGCGAGGGUGUGGGUGGGUGAGCGCAUUUAUGCCCGGGGUUGGGAUUCUGAGGGUGUGUCAUGGUAAUGUUACAGAUUUAACAUGGGAGCUGUCAUUAGAAACGAGUCUAUG